UGGAGCCAGGCCAUGCUCCGCCAUUACCAGCGCCUGCAGGCCAUGGCGGCCGGCGGGGCCUGGGCACGGCUGCCCUCCUACCGCCAUGCCCGCCACCACGGGGCCGCCAUGGGGACCCCGGGGCUGGGGGGGGUGACGGGGGGACGCACAGCACUGCCACCGCCGGGGGACACGCGGCUCUUCCUGCGCGCCAUCGAGGGGGACGGUAACGGCUUCGAGUACGCCAUGUUCCUCAACGCCGCCGAGCGCCGCCUCCUCUGCCUCGUCCAGCCCGGGCCCUACCUGGAGGGACACCCCGGCUUGACCCAUGGUGGUGCCAUCGCCACCAUCAUCGACAGCGCCCUGGGGACCUGCGCCCUGGCGGUGGCCGGGCCGGUGGUGACGGCCAACCUCGGCAUCGACUACCUGGCGUGA